GAGCCACCGCUGGCUCCCCCCCUUGGCGGUGCACUCAUGAUGAUCAAUGUUCCUGCCGUGGUGGGCGAGGAAGAAGACCGAGAUGCGAUGGCCAUCGGUACCGACGACGUUAUUUCUCCCAAAGAGGAAUAAAAAAUCGGGUUCGGAGGACGGCAUCAAUCUACGUUUUCGAAUCACUGGUAUCCAAUGUCUUGAAGAGCUCGGAUUGCAUCUAGCUGCAGUUUCAAGAGGAAGGAGGAAUUGCUGGUACAGAGAUCGUCUGUUUUGUCGGCAACAAUCGUUCGGAGUAUUGGUUUUCGUAAACUUCGUAUUGUUAUGUAUGGGGAGUAUUUUACAUAUUUAUAAAAAGUUGGAAUAUGGUGCUCAAUGGGGUGCUUGGUUGAGAAAUAGUAUGAUUGUUUCAGCGAAUAUCAUCACGCAGGCACCCCAUGUGAUACUGUAGCCAUACACUCGGCAAAAUGUGCUUUGAAAAGGCCACAGACGCAGCUAGCUGUAACGAAUGCUGCAUGGCUGGCAGAUAUUUAGCGUGUGAAAGAUAUUUCAUUGGGGGCGCAAGUUUUCCCUCAAGCAUUGCCGU